AGGCCCACCGAAGUUGCCCGCCCUCAUUUCCCAGCGUCUUUUGCGCGCACGCCAACGUCUUCUCCGGCUGUUCACGACCGAACGGCAUGCUGGGAGUUGAAGUCCUUUUCCUCCAUCUCCGGCUUUUCACGCGGCUUUCGCGAGAUUUCCUUGAGUCUCGCUCCGUGUGGAGCAACAUUUUCGUUGGAAGAAGAACCGAACAGAUAUGAAAUCAGCGUGCAGGUGAAGGCAGACGUAAGGCUUGUCGGCUGUCAGUGGAACUUCUGAGAGGCGGAUGUAGCUUCUAGCCGCCCCCACCCCUUGCCUCCCUGGAACGUCUGCAUUGAGGUGGCGCUCGGACAAGCGAGGGAAACUGCCCGUAGCCAUCAGAUUUGUGGAGGCAUGUCAAAGAAAAGAGGCAGGAAGCGAAGCAGCGGGGAGCUGAGCGACGCCGGGAGCCCUGACCCCAACUGCAUCCUAGGGGUGCGCAUUCAGCACAACUGGCGCGAGAAGGGCAACCAGAGCAAAUGGAAGGGCACCGUGCUGGACAGACUCGGCGUCAACCCAUCACUCUAUAUGGUGAAGUACGACGGCUUCGAUUGCGUCUACGGCAUCGAGCUGUUCAAGGAUGAGCGCGUGUCAAACCUGCAGGUCCUCUCGGAAAGUGUCGUAAACAACAGGAUCAAGAUACCCCCGGGGGCUGAAGAGCUGGUGGGCAAAGCCGUGGAGCAUCUCUUUGAAAAGGAGGACGGUGAGAAGAACGAGUGGCGAGGGAUGGUGCUCUCCAGAGCGCCAAUCAUGACCAACUGGUAUUAUAUCACCUAUGAAAAGGACCCGGUUCUUUAUAUGUACCAACUAUGGGACGAUUACGCCGACGGGGACCUGAGGAUUCUGCCCGAAGCGGAAAACAAGCACCUGUUGCCCGCUGACAGGAAGCCCGGGGAAGAGACUGAGAGCCUGGUGGGCAAACAGGUGGAGUACGUGACUGACAAAGGUGUGAAGAGGACCGGCCUGGUCAUCUACCAGGUCCCCGCCAAGCCCUCUGUCUACUAUAUUAAAUAUGACGAUGACUUUCACAUCCACGUCUAUGACCUGGUGAAAACCACUUAAGAGGAGGAAAGAGGGAGAGAGAGAGAGAGAGACGCAGUCCAUCCCGCCCUUGCUCAUCUUUCUAAUCUCUUAUUUAAAGCCAUGGCAGAGUAGUCAACGCUUUCUAAUUCAUGUAUGCUCUGUUUUUUUUUUCUUUGUAUGUUUGCACAGCACAACUGUAGCGUUCAUCCUACUUGCCGUCUUUGCAUAUUCCAAGUCAACGAGGCCAUUUUUUUCAGUUUGCUGACACCAAGUUGGGAUACAGCCCACUCCACAUUGGCAUUAAGUGGACUACCAGGGAAUUAAAUGCAUUUGGGGGGGAUUAUACUUAAAAGUCGGAACGAGUGUAAUAUCGCACAAGUGCUUUACAAGACAUUGAGUGUUUAGCCUCUAGUUGGCUAUAUAAUAAAAGGUGUCAUUAUCGCAGGGUAUCUGCUCCUUUAACUGCGGUGCAUUCUUUGUACUGCUUGGAUGAAUUUUGCUUGCUUCCCAAUGACACUGUACUCCACAAAAAAAAAUCAUCAAGUGCCUUCAGGCUCUUUUUUUUUCCUUUGGCACUAUACUGUACAUACAGCAGCGGUAGGGGAACCAAAUACUAAAAACAAUUACAACCUGGGACAAAUGUGUAACCCUAACAUGCUGAUAAUACAUAAUUAGCGGUUGUUUUCAUAAGUAAUAAUAUGGAUAAAAGGUUCCCCGCGUGUGUCUUAGAGAUCAUCACGUCUGAAGGCUUCUAAUUGUUUUGCAUUCAAGUGUCUUCUCAAUAGGCAACUUGCAAACAAGCUUGCAGUCAAGUGUGUCCUGGUGCUUGUGUUUGGCAGUGGAAAAAAAAACAUGCAGGAAGAAAAACUUUCAAUACAAAAAUCAUCAGUGGUCGUAUAAUCUCUGUUGAUAUUGUCGGGAGCACUUUAUUGUACGUUUACAUGAUUAGCUUAGUCCCCACCUGCUCAAUAAUCGGCUUCAAUUUACAGGCAUGAUGGUUUAAAAAAAAUGCAGCACUUUCAGUAUUUAAUGUGUACAAGUUGUGUGAAAUUGUCGUGAAUAUUUUAUCCAAACAAUAAACAGGUAGCUCACACCAA